UGAUAUAUUUGAGCAGCUCAGUCUGUAAGAAAUGGAGGCAGCAUCCAAGUGUAGGAAAGUGCAGCAGAACAUACGAGCUUUUUUUCAGACAGUCACCUACGAACAUCAUUUACGAGAACACAGGCGUCUCGCCUACGAAGUGUACUAGAGUGUGGUUUUGGACAGAGCCGCAGUUCACACAGUGCUCGCGGUUUGCGAAAGAGAGGCCCUACUGCGCACGAGGUAACUCGAGUCCCUGCUCUCUUUGAGACCGGUAACACGUUUCACGCGCGUUAAUAAAGCAUUUUUUUUUAAAGUUAUUCAGAAGAACGCGACGUCGCAGCGCCAUGGACGUGUCUGAGCCUUUGACUGAAGCUGAGCGGCCGCGACAUCGGCCUUUUCUCAUCGGGGUCAGUGGAGGAACCGCCAGCGGGAAGUCCACAGUGUGUGCUAAGAUCAUGGAGUUGCUGGGCCAGAACAAGGUGGACCAUCACCAGAGGAAAGUGACCAUCGUAAGCCAAGACAGUUUCUACAGAGUGCUCACUCCAGAACAGAAGGCAAAAGCUCUCAAAGGCCAGUACAACUUCGACCAUCCAGAUGCGUUCGAUACAGAGUUGAUGUGCCAGACGCUGAAGGACAUCAUAGAAGCAAAAGUUGUGGAGAUUCCAACAUAUGACUUCGUUACACAUUCCAGGUUACAGGAGAAGAUCUGUGUGUAUCCGGCCGAUGUUGUUCUGUUUGAGGGAAUUCUGGUGUUCUACACACAGGAAGUCAGAGACAUGUUCCAUAUGAAACUGUUUGUGGAUACAGACUCCGAUGUACGUCUGUCACGCAGAGUUCUUAGAGACAUGAGGAGAGGUCGUGACUUGGAACAGAUCCUUACACAAUACACCACUUUUGUUAAACCAGCGUUCGAGGAGUUCUGCUUACCAACCAAGAAAUAUGCAGAUGUGAUAAUACCUCGUGGAGUAGACAACAUGGUGGCGAUUAAUUUGAUCGUGCAGCACAUCCAAGACAUCCUAAGCGGAGAUAUCUGCAAGUGGCAGAGAGGAACCGCUAACGGACACCUCCCCGAGCGGAUCUUAAAGAGGGGCGUGGACGAAACGAGGGACAACCCAGACGGAGGAGGAGGGUCCAAUCCCACAAAACGCCCCCUGCUGGAACCUAGCACGCGUCCACAUUAACACCCAGACAGACACACAGGGGAAUGUGCUUAACUCUUGAAAGGUAGAAAAAAAAAAUUUGCAUGCUUCCAAUAACAUGUAAAUACACGCACACAAAAACACUUUAGCAAGUGUUAUGAUUCAGUAUGUAACUCAGUCAUACUGUAAAUGAACAGAAGCAGGACAUGAUUCUUUUAAAAAAAUGCUGCUCAAAGACUUUAAUUCUGUGAAAAGCUGUAUCCAUAUCAGUGUUUUUAUAUAUAUAUAUAUAUAUAUUAGAUGCAUACAUACAGGGUGUGAUUUGUUAAAACAAAUGGGGGACAUUUUUAAUUUAAAUUUGUACACUGGAUUUUUAAAGACGCAUUCAUAUCAAAUGCACAGUCAACAAUUCCAAAACUGUAGGCUAACUCUAGUGAAUAUAAUAGUUGUUUUUAAAAAAAAAAAAUUGUUACAAAUCAGUUCAUAGGUCCAGGAGGUUAAAUAUGAGGUACAAGUAUGUUAUGCCUACUUGUCACGCUUUCCUUUCGGGGUAAUUUUACAAGCCUUGUUGUCCAAGGCUACUCAAGCAACUCUGGAAGAUCUUGAGAGUCAUCUGAAGGAGAGGGAAAGGUGGCGCAGCAGUGGAAAUGUGCUGAGGGGGUCAGUUUGAAUGUAAUUAGUUGAUUCUGAACACUGCCACCCCCCGGGGCAAUUCACACCCAGUAUAUAUGUAUAUACAUUUAAAAAGUUAAAAAAAUUACCAGUGUGGUUCACAAAAGUGAAGGACAUUAUCUGUACAAGCAUAUAAUUUUCAAUAUAUAUCGAAUCAGUGUCCAGAUACUGUGGGACGAGGUAUCAUAGAAUGGUGGGUACGAGCCAUUUGAAACAGGGGUGUCCAGACGUAUACUAUAUAUGUCUAUGAAAUUAAAUAAUGAACAUGACUUUCAGCUUUACUUUGAGGGGAUUUACAUCCAAAUCGGGUGAACGGUGUAGGGAUUAUAGCACUUUUAAAUUGCGACACCACCCCCCCCCCCCCCCCAUCCCAGGGACCAAAAGUAAUUGGACAAACUGACAAUCAUAAGUUAAAUUGUCAUUUUUGAAUACUUUAGUUGAGGAUUCUUUCAAGAAUUCACAAAAGGGUUUCCAUGCGUAGUGUUUUCCAGCUCCUUCUCCCCUUCUCACUGUUAACUUUGCGCUUUUUGUCCGUAGACAUGACUAAAUAUCAGUCUACAUAUUAAUCAAUUUAAUACUGCAUUUUAGCUAACACAGUCUGCUGCUGCUGCCACCGUCAGGUGAAAGGAAAAAUUGCAGCGUAUCGGGAACCACGGGCCCGUUAACAAUUGGCCUCAGUUGGACUUCGGACACCCUUGAUUUAAAAUAACCUUCUGCAUUAGGUUUUGUCCCCGAGGUUGUAUCCAUGUGUAUUCUCAUCAGUUUAAUUGACCUCUCGUGCACUUUGUUAAGUCAAAGUAUGAAAUCAUUUUUAUUCAUUGAACUAUGUAGAUUAAAUGUGUACAGCAAUAGUUAGUCUCACUGAAGCACCUGAAAAUCAUCGAAGAGUUUGUUGUCGGAUGACACGCUAGCUUUAGCCCUUGUCCUGUUGAAACAAUUCAUUAAAGGGGUCAUAACAUGAUUUUUAAAAAAUGUUUUCCUUCUGUUUGGGAGUGUAAUGUAUCUGUUUGUGCAUGUAUAAGCUCUGCAAAGUCCCAAAACUCAUUUUCCCACAACGGGAUUUAUUCUAUCUAACCGAGAACCCUCGUACAGAUUUACUUCCGUGAUUUCUCUACGUCACGGCGUGCACUAUGAGCAUAAUCCCGCCCAAAGGCAGCCAUGAAGAAAGAAGGCGUGGCUUCAGUGAAUUCAGGCACCAUGUCAUGGAGACGCCGUGCGUUUAGCCUUCCGAAAUUAGGAAUCGGUGGUUACUGUUUAUUUAUGACGCAGUUCCUGAGCAGUACAACCUGAACGUUUGCUUGUGCACAGCACAUUUUACAGAGGACAGCUUCCUGAAAAGUGGAGGGAUUCACAAUUUGCUCCGACAACCGUGUUCUUCUGAAUCCGAACCUGUAAGUGCGUUUGAUUAUUUUAUGAAGUAUCUGCUAUUGACUGUCUAAAUGUGGAGUUUUGUGCUGUGACCCAGCUGUAGACCUCUGCUAACAUGCGCGAAGUUACCUCAAUUCUUUUUGUAAAUGUUUGUUUGUAUGUUGGUGGUCUGGCAGAGACGUUGAUUGUAGCUGUUGUUGUGAUUUUGUAUCUUUUAAGCGGUUUAUAUCGAUCGAAUAUCUGUGUAGACACAUCAGCUGUGUACAUCGCAUAGUUAGCCCCGCCAAAGGGGUCGGAAUUUACAUCGUACCUGAACGUAAGAGAGUUACAAAAUAAAACCUUACCACUGUGUGUAACGAUUGCUUCCGCUCGAUCAUCCGCGUCUUAUGAAUCUGACCUGAACUGAUCCGGUAAAACUGCCGACAUGUUGAUUAGGAGCUUAGAUUUACUGGAGAAGCCUUGGAGGCUAACCCGAGGAGCGUUACUUUUCCAAUCACAAUGCGACGGGUCAACUGGCCAAUCAGAGCACUCUGGGCUUUUUGGAAGGCGGGGCUUUGGAGAAUAGAGGUACUUCAGUAAUGUAUUUGACAAAUAAUGCAUUUUUUUAACUUUAUAGCAUUAACCUAUUCUCUUAGAACCAAUAAGCAACAUAAUUAACGUUUAAAAAUCAUGAUACGACUCCUUUAAUGUUAACUGGUUUUAUUGGUUUUAAAGCAACUAUUUAUAUAGACGUGAUUUGUCAUUCCGUAUUUUAUUGUCUACCAAUUAUAAUGUAGCAAGGAACAUAAGAUUGUUUACUGUUUUUAUUUCCUUAAAAGCAAGUGUCUAUAAAUGAAGAAUUAGCUGCCUCACCAAUUAAUGACCUUUUGAUUAUAGUGAAUAAUCAGUUGUGUUCUUUUGUUUUCAUGAAAUGUGAAUCCUUUAAAAACUUUUAACUCCUGAUUGUUUUAAAAAACAUUUUUUUUUAUGUCUGACCAAGUAUUUUAAUUAAUAAAAAAAUGAUUUCAAAAAAA